UAGUCAACCUUUUUUUAUAAAUUGGAUUUGAUUUUUCUUUGAAUUCUUCGUACGUCUGCAUAAAUUAACCCCUCAUAAACUUACUAUAAAGGCCACCAUUUUUAUUCUUCCUGUCGAAAGUCGAAUUACAAAAACAACUUUAAAGACCUUAAUCCUGUUCUUCUUCCCUCCCAUGUCGUUUUCUGGCAUUCAAGGUCAACUCAUCGAGAUUACAGUGGUCGGUUGUACCAAAUUGAAAGACACGGAAUGGAUUUCAAGGCAAGAUCCCUACGUCUGUCUCGAAUAUGCUAGCACCAAAUACCGUACACGUACGUGUACAGAUGGUGGGAAAAACCCUACGUUUCAAGAGAAAUUCAUAUUUACGUUGAUAGAAGGGUUGCCGGAGUUAAAUGUUGUCGUGUGGAAUAGCAAUACUCUAACUUAUGAUGAUUUCAUCGGCAGUGGAAAGGUUCAGUUGCAGAAAGUUCUAUCUCAGGGUUAUGACGACAGCUCCUGGCCUCUUCAGGACAAGAAAGGCAGGCAUGCUGGAGUAGUUCGACUGAUUAUGCACUAUUCAAAUGCAACGGGCUAUGCUCCAUCAGCUCCACCAUUUGGGGCUGCAACAUUACCUCAGGUCACUCUCUUCUCUGCGCCUCCAUCCACCGUUCCUUACAAUUCAUCUGUAAAUGGCUACUCAGCACCGUCUCCGUAUCCUUCAUAUCCUCCUACCUCAGCAGGAUACCCUCCUUCGCCUUAUCAUUCUCAGCCUGCUACUUAUCCUCCAUCUUAUCCGCCAUUUUCUGGAUAUCCUCCAUCACCAUAUUCGCCACCACCUCAAAAUGCGCACUAUUACCCUCCAGGGUCAUAUCCACCACCACUAUAUCCUCCACCGCCCUACUGACGCUGAAUGCUUCUGGUUAAGAAAGAUCAUCAAUUAGUUAAUGCUAGUUAUCAAGUGUACAUCAUAUUCUAAAAGUCUUCUUUUUCUGGAAACUUUUAUGUCGCGAAACGAUACUCAUUCAUUCAUUGCUUGAUUGUAUUGUAUAUAUCUUUUUUAAGGCAUUUGUUGUUUGUUUUUUAGAUAAUUUUGUUGGGAAAAUUAGAUGAAAGGGUAAUGAUUAUGCAUGAGUGGAUAUGUCACAUGAGGUUGAAUAAUUGCAAAUCAUAAGAUGAAUAGACCUUUCAACA